GGACUUUUGAACUAUGUAAAUUUCGCGGCGCGGCUUAUUAUAUAAUUUGGUGUUACAAAUUAAGCCUUAAUAAAGUAUUAAUUUGGUUUCCAAAUUUUUACGUGAUCUAAGAAUAUAACUAAUAAAGACAUUUAAGCAUGAUAUCAUGGAUACACGCCAGAAACUUUACUUCAUUUUUUCUGGAUUUGGGUCAAGCACUAACACUAAAUUAACACUUAUUCAGAAGGUUCAGGACUUGGGAGGCACUUACUAUGAAACGGAGAGUUUUAAAUCAACAACUACCCAUUUAAUUUGUGCUUAUCCAAGUAGAAGUCAGAAGUAUUUAGGAGCUUGUGCCUCAGGAAUCUGGAUUUUAACUGAAAAAUUUAUUGAAGACAGUCACAGUGCAGGAAGAUGGCUUCCAGAGAAAGAUUAUGAAUGGAAUGAAGGCCUUGCCUAUAUUAGGAAAGGGUGUGAAAAAGUUGCCACUUGCUUAUUAUCUGCUCCACGACGUCAUCGAUUAGCAAGAGCAUCUACAGGAUAUAAGGCUUUCCAUGGGUGGAAAACUGCAGUUUUGUUAAUUGAAAAGAAAAGGAGGGUUGUAUAUAAGAAUUUGUUGCAGUGUGGAGGAGCUACUUUGAUUCCUGUCUCAUUAUCAUGCCCUAAUCUUCAGCUUUUAAAAAAAGAGGUUACACAUGUCUUUGUUGAUCCAGAACAGAUUGUAUCUGUUAAGUCUCUUCUCAAGCUGCAGAUAUUGUGUAUUAGUCCAGAUUACAUAAGAAAUUUCCUUUUGGUGGAUCCCCCUCCUGCAGUGGAGAAAUUUCUUAUCACUAUGUAUAAACCCACCAGCAUUUUACUGCAAAAAGAAGGAGACAGUUGUGAGGGGAAAAAACAAGAUACUGUGAAGUCUCCUAUUUCUUCUUUUAUUACUCAGGGAAAUUUAAUUCCUUUGUUGUCACCACUAAAGUCAUCACAUUUAUCUGCUGAUAACUAUCAAAAUAAUGAAAAGUAUCACAUAAUACUUCUAAAGAAAUCAGCUAAAUCUUUUAAUGAAGCUAGUUUCGAAUCAGUGACAAACCACAAUUGUUUGAAAAAACGUAGUUAUCCCUUUCUUGAUUGUCAGAAAACUGAAAACAACAAAAAGAAUAAACAUAAAAGUUCUAAUGAUUACUCAGGUAGUGCAUUGUGCAAACAAGUAAAGUCUGAGGAUAGUACAACAUUCUCAAAGUCGCGUGCAGUUGGGAAAACUUCUAAACCAGGAAAUCAGAAAAAAGGUCUUCCUCUCUCCAAGAAAAGUCAAAAGUCUUUGUUAGGAUACUUCACUUUACAGCAGCAGUCCAGUAUUAGGAAAAGCCUCAAUACCAGUUUCCAGUCACCAGUGUCAGAAGACAAAGAUGAUGAUAAAAAGAAUCAUAUUCCUUUAAAUAAUGUGAAAACAUUACCUCCAGGAUCUUCCAGCAAAAUUCUAGAUUAUCCAAAAUACGUUAAAACUAAACAGAAUAUUUCUUUAGGCUGUCUCCCUCAGGUAGAAAGCUGUGAUAGUAAAUAUCCUUCAAAGUUUGACUCUAUUAAUAUUCAGAAUUUAGAAACAAGAAAAGAUGUGAUACAAGAUUAUGUGGCUGAAAAUGUUAAUUCUGAGAAUCCUUGUAAAACGUCUUACUCUGUUAAUGAUGAAAAAUUGACAUAUUACCGAAAUCAUCUCACCACUGCUCAAAGGGGUUCAAUAGUGAUUCCCCAUAAAAGACCAAUUAAUAGUUUACCCAGAUUGGGCCAGAAAGUUCCAAUUACUCAUUCUCCAUCAUUAGAGAGUUCCACCAGAGCACUGAAACCUAAGCUUGAAGAUAAAGUUUUUAACAAAGUCUCAAGUCUCUCUUGUAGUGAGUUAUCGGGUAACUACACUGCUAUAUUUGAAUCUUGUGUUGAGGAAAAUGAGUUUGGGAAAGCUUUGAAUUUUAUGAAGUCUGUUGUGUCAAAAAAGAAGUAUCCACAGUUGCAGAGCAUAAGUGUGAUUUUGUAUAAUAUCUUACAGGUAACCACAGAAAGAAAGAUUGCAAUUUUGGCAUAUCAGAUGUUGUCAGAACUUCUUUUUCUUCAUCCUCCUGUCACUGACACAAUGUCUUCCUAUUACCUUAAAGCUUUCUCUCUGAAAGAUCAUCAAGAGGAAUCACCAUGGAGACUGUUAUAUGCAAUUGUGAGCUGUGCUUUGCAAGAUGGAAAUGAUGAAACACGUAUAGAACAGUUUAAUAACUGUCUUCUCUUUACUAUAUGGAUGGAUCUCAUUCGGAAAAACUUUGAUGCAUUUCUAAAAAGGUCCAUUGAUCCACAUAAAGACAUCACUAUUCAUAAAAAGCAACCUCUUAUUGCCCAGAUGAUUUGGCCUGGUAGGCUUCCUUUUGUUGGAAGUAUGAAUGCUGUUUGUUGUGAACUCUUCUCCCUAUUGGCUGCCAGCUUGUUGAUUAAAAGGGAAGGUGACAGACAGAUGAAACCUUUGCUGUUAAUACAUGAACUUGUUGGCAUUGUUGCUGAGUGUGUGCAUUUUGCUGAGACUAAGUCUUAUCAGAAAAGCUUCAGUAUUGGUCCCCAGUGUCUUCGUUUUGUGUCAUCCUUAGUAUCCAGUUGUCCCAUUGUGUUAGCAGAUGUGGACACUCUCCAGGUCUUUUUGUCAAGUAUCCAACCAUUGUGGCUAAAACUGUAUGUUUGUGAGGCUCUACUACAGAAUAGUCAAGAAUUUGUGUGCGUAAUGGGGAACCUUAAAAGUUCAUUGUCUUUGAGAAAAAUAGUGAGUAUAGGUUUGGAUUUAAAAAAAAUUGUAAUAUAA